UGUUGAUCCUUGAAGGACAGAUCUUUAAGAUGAAGAUAGAUGUUUAGCAGCUAGAGUCGCUUCUAUCAUGCAUAGGCAUACGGAAAGCAUUUAAUAUUUAUUUUACAAACGCAUUUACUAGAAGGGCAGAACAUACAAGAAAUCUGUUACGAUAGCUCUGUAGCGGGAGCAAGACAAGAUCAAAGGAGGCUCCAAAUACACCCGACAAAGUGUUAUCACGACUACGGCAUUUCGAUGUUGACAUCACCUUCACCACUUAGCAUCUACUUCAUUAUCAUGGGAGUCUACACACCAUGGCGAUAAGGACUUCACCUUGGCGGGGCACGGGCCUCCAAAGAAGUAUGUUGACGGAUCAUGGUGUGAGAGAAUAUGUGAUACGCGCAAGCACUUCUCCUAGUCCUCAUUCAAGGACAACAGGUCGCACCUCUCCUCGUUCAAGGAGAGGCCGUGGAUGCAUCCGGGUCGGCACACAUGGACUAGCUUUUCUGCUCGAGAUAACUAGGACUAUAGACCCAGGAGGCCUAGUGUCUGGUACCUACUAUGUGGGCGAUUACAGUGGUCAUGGCCAUCAUGGAACCGAGGAAGAAAUCUUGGCUAGCGCAGCUGACGAUGAACUCGACAAUCAUGUUGAUACAGGCCCCGGUAGCAACGAUUCGGAGAAUGCAUUGAUAAGGCUACUUUUUAUAUAUAGCGGCUCCAUCAUCAUCACCUUCCCUUUCGUCACUCCUUAGCUUCUCAAAAUGUGAACAAGUUUCUCGAAUGGAUUCCCCUUCAAGAGAGUCCAAACAAGGCUUCUCAAGGAUCGACUACUCCUGAGCUCAGGGUGAUGAAAGAAUCCAAUUCUAAUGCUCACCGACUCUGAGGCAAGCACUGCGACCGCACUACUACAGCGCGAUAAGCCCUGCAUCAAGCAGGGUAACUUUUAAGCCAAGAUUGUCAAAUCAUAGAAUUUUCUUAUACUAUACCAUGAUAGUGAUAGACGAUUACUACUCAAUCUCAACCCUCAAAAGAAUGUCUCCCCUCCCGGUACUGGUGCUGAUGCUAUUAGGAUGGUCUCAUCCUUUCUCCCUACACUUACAUUAUAGUAUACUCAUAAGGUACGAGGCAUCUGUAUGAAUGAAGAAUUUGUAUUUGACAAACAGAAAAAACUGACUUCUCUAAUUUUCGCGAGGUUCGAAUGCGCAUGGGCAUGUGAAGGAAUGCGUUAUAUCAGCUGUAUCUCAAUCUGAAUUCGGCGUUCCGGAUGGAAAGAUGGAGGAUGGUGCGAUAGAAUCGAUAUCCUCUUCACCUUCAACGGCAAUCGGCUCCAUCACUUUUGCGGAAACGACAAGCGGCAGCGGAAAGAACAAGGGAGAGAACGGUGGAAAGGUAAAGAACAUUGCUGUAAAGACUAGUCUUCGAACUCUUUCUUCUCCUAUGUGUCGAGGAAAUUAGAUUUCAAUCCACUUAACUAAAAAGCCCGCCUACCAGCACUGUUCUCUCCGCUUCCCAGCUUCUUCUUCUUCUUUCUUCUUCUUUCUUCUCCUUUCGUCUUCUCUCUCCUUCUUUCUUCUCCUUUCUUCUCCUUUCUUCUUCUUUCUUCUUCUUUCUUCUUCUUUCUUCUUCUCUCUUCUUCUUCCUUCUUCUUCCUUCUUCUUCCUUCUUCUUCCUUCUUCUUCCUUCUUCUUCCUUCUUCUUCCUUCUCCUUCCUUCUCCUUUCUUCUUCUUUCUUCUUCUCCCUCCUUUUCUCUCCUCCUUUCUCCUCCUUCUCCCUUCUCCUCCUUCUCCCUUCUCCUCCUCUCUUCUCCCUUCUCCUCCUUCUCCCUUCUCCUCCUCUCUUCUCCCUUCUCCUCUCUUCUCCUCUCUUCUUCUCUCUUCUCCUCUCUUCUUCUCUCUCCUUCUCUCUCCUCCUCCCUCCUUCUCCCUCCUUCUCUCUCCUUCUUGCUUCUCUCUCCUUCUCCUCUCUCCUUCUUCUCUCUCCUCCUGCUCUCUCCUCCUUCUCUCUCCUUCUUCUCUCUCCUUCUUCUCUCUCCUUCUUCUCUCUCCUUCUUCUCUCUCCUUCUUCUCUCUCCUUCUUCUCUCUCCUUCAUCUCUCUCCGUCGUCUCUCUCCGUCAUCUCUCUCCUUCAUCUCUCUCCUUCAUCUCUCUCCUUCAUCUCUCUCCUUCAUCUCUCUCCCUCAUCUCUCUCCCUCAUCUCUCUCCUUCAUCUCUCUCCCCCAUCUCUCUCCUUCAUCUCUCUCCUGCAUCUCUCUCCUUCAUCUCUCUCCUUCAUCUCUCUCCUUCCUUCGUCUCCUUCCUUCGUCUCUCUCCUUCGUCUCUCUCCUUCGUCUCUCUCCUCCGUCUCUCUCCUUCGUCUCUCUCCUUCGUCUCUCUCCUUCGUCUCUCUCCUUCGUCUCUCUCCUUCGUCUCUCUCUUUCGUCUCUCUCAUUCGUCUCUCUCCUUCGUCUCUCUCCUCCGUCUCUCUCCUUCGUCUCUCUCCUUCCUCUCUCCUCCUCUCUCCUUCUCUCUCCUUCUCUCUUCUCCUCUCUUCUCUUUCCUCUCUCUUCCUCUCCUCUCCUUCUGUCGCCGCGCCCCUCAAAGUCCCCGCGCCCCUCCAGGGUCCCCCAGCACCCACUUGCAGGCGUUUGCGGUGGACUCUGGAGGGGCGCAGGGAAUCACAUGAAGCGAAGCCAAAAGAUAGACAGAAAAACCGGGCGGGGGCAAGUGGUGAAAGUCGCUAAAAAGCGAAGCACUUUCAGGACUAGGGGGCGACAAUAGUGGCCGCCUCCGUGCGGUUCUUGGGUGGCUUAGCGCCAUUCUGAUCAACCCCCUGCGGAAGCACCAGAGGCACAGGGAGGGAGCACGCUACGUCAUCGAAUCUUAACAAAAUGAGGAGGCGCGAGCCUCUUGGCACUGAAGCGGCAACCAGCCCGGCCCCCCUUGAAAAGCGCCACGAAAUUGAGCAAGCCCCUCGACUGCUUGCUGGGUUCUUGUUCACAGGGCCACUCUUGGAAAAAACUGAAGGCACCGACUCAGCCUUUUCUUCAGAGAUGGCCUCGCGAGCAGGGGCCCGGCAAACAGUGGAGAGGCCUGCGCAAUUUCAGCGAAACCCCUGGGGGGUUCUUCACUGAAAUACUUCAAAAGAGUGCGAACAGCGCCAGCAAACCCCCCCGACAACCUGCGCACACAGACACGGCGGCGCGCGUGAUGGUCUGCCCAUGUGGGGGCGGCCCCGUGCCUCUCUUCUUUGUAACUAAUCCCACUGCCCCGCGUGAGAGCCUCGGGGCGCCGGGUGGUCAAAAGUCCGACACUAAACAACACCAAAAGGCCCAAGAACGAGGGGCCCCCUGGGUGGGUUGUCUAAAGUCAGGCGGACGGGAACCCGGCCACCAAUGGCGUUGGACUCUGCGUGCCUAAAAGAGCCGGCUUUUUGGGAUCGCGGGGCGCCUGUCUUGGGCCGUUGUGUGUCUGUUUCGUUUCUGGGGUUUUUCUGCUUUUCUCUUGUUGUUUUGUUGGUAUAUUUGCGAGCGACAAGGGGGGCGCUUCUGAGUGUGGUUUUUUUCUGGUACUCUACGGAGGUAAGGUUCUGCCUCUAUGGAUCUUGAAACCUGCGGCAGCGGAUCAAAAAAGACGACCGAAAAAGCCCCCGCGAUUUUUCGGUCGUUUUUUUCGAUCGGUUCUGGUUCUGUAUGCUUUGGCUGGGUGGCUCGGCUCGGGGGUGUAUGUCUUAGGGGUGUCGGCUGAAGGGGGUGCAUUGCUGAAGCUGGUCAGGGUGACGAUAGGGCGUCGGCCUUCGGGUGUGAUACUUCUGGCCUCCUGGGUGUUUUCGUGCUGCUUUUCAGUGGGUUGGGCUUGUUUGUGUUUGUCUUCUGUUGCUUGGUCGUCUUGGCCCGCCCCUUGUGGAGGAGGGGCCGGGGGCUGCCUCUGCCAUUGGGUGCCCACACUGAGCCACGGCCUUGGGGCUUGACGAUUGGCGCAACAGCCCGCGCGGAAGUGCUGGGCUUCGCACUCGAAAGGCUGGGGGGACUCGGUAGUAGUCGUGCCUGGGCUCGGGGGUGGGGUCCCGGUCGACGGUUAAAAAACGGUUAAAAUUUUCCCGCCCUUUCUUAGGUUGGGAAAACUCGUGUGAUUUCGCCUAGAAAUCGGCCACUUUUGCUAUUGGGGUCGGUUUAGAGAAGUCCUGCCGAGUUUUGGAAGGACGUGCCGCCGGCUUUUUUAACCGUUCCCAAAGUUGGCGCUUUUUUAGCCCUAAACUUUAGCCGUUUGCUAACCCCCGUGAAUCAAUUUUAGCCGUUUUUUUAGCCGUCGACUUUCGCCGUUUUUUAGCUGGUUCCCGCGGGGUCUUGGGGCGCCUUCUUACCUUCGGGCUGCGCAGCCGUGGCGUAGACUGGGCCGCAUCUGACGCACCCGCCGCAUUCCGCUGGCAGGCCUCGAAGCGUGGCGUGGUGCUCGUGCAAGCUCCGCGGGGUUGGCUGGGUGGUGCGCGUGUGGACGUCGAGGCCCCGCGCCGACCAAUGCCUACCUGGAGUCAGUGGGGCUGUCAUGUCCACGCCAGUCAGGUUGCGUGGAUCGGGUCGCGCUCGCGUGAUUCUGGAGUGGGUGCCGGGGUCACAGUUCGCUGGCCCCUCGAAGUGUGGCCUUGAGUAACGUUCGCGCCGGUGAGCCUCGCGGGCUGGUGUGGUGUCGGCUCUUUGUGUCGGGCUUUUUCCUGAGGUGUCUCUCUCGAAGUGGGUGGGGCCGCUUGCUGGAGGCCGGCCCAGGUGCAUGCGCUAGACCCGCGGGCGCUUGUUAUUGCGUUGCGUUUGUGGUGGCAUGGGUUCGCUCGGUGAGGUCUUUCGUGGGUCUUUUGUGUCGGGUCGGUUGUUGCCCCCCGGCUGCCAGACCAGCCGGCGCGGGUGUGUUGUGGUGUCUGAAAAUUUUAGCCAAAGUCUAACCGCAUUGGUUGGCUGGGGGUGUGUCCGCCUGACUAAAGUCCCCCUGACUGUGGCGAAAAACCUGGCCACAGACUAGGCGGGUCUAACAGUGGAGAAAAUUCGGCCAAGGAUUGCAAAAACCCGGACGAAGUUCAGUCUUCUUAGGCAUGACGCAGAACACUCGCCGCCCACUGCGCUCCCGUCAGGAAAACACCCCUCCAAUUGCGAGCCAAGAACCUCGGGCACCCUCCAAACCCCCGCCCCCGCGCCCCUCCAGAAUCCCCCAGCGCGGGCGUGUGGCGUUUGCAGGCUGAUGCGGUGGACUUUGGUUGGAGGGGCGCGGGGAGGAAUCACAUGAAGCGAAACCAAAAGACAGAAAAACCCCGGGGGAGCAAGUUGCGAAAGUCGUGAACCUGAGCACUUCCAGGACUAGGAGGUGACAGCAGUGACGGCCUUCGUGCAGUUCUUGGCUGACUUGGCGCCAUUUCAAUCAACUCCCUGCGGAAGCACCAGAGCGAGGCAGAGGCACUGCGAGCAGCACGCCACACCGUCGAAACUUAGCAAAAAGGGGAGGCGCAAGCCUUUUGGAACUGAAGCGGCAACCAGCCCGGCCCUCCUUGAAAAACGCCACGAAGCUGAGGGGGUGCCGCGAUUGUUUGCCGGAUUCCUGCUCGCAGGGCCAUCUUUGGAAGAAAUCCGCGGACGCUUUCUCAGUUUUUAUUUCGUCAGAAAUGGCCUCGCGGGCAGGAGUCUGGCGAACAAUGGACGGAGAAACUUACUCAAUUUCAGCGAAGCCCCCGAAGAGUCCUCCACAUCCACUGAAAUACUUCAAGAGAGUGCGAACACCGCCAGCGUGACAAUCUGCGCGCACAGGCAUGGCGGCGCGCGUGAGCGGUCUGACCAUUUUGAGGCAGCAGCGUGGCCCCCUUUUUUUGUAGCUAAUCCCCCUCAGCGUGAGAGCUCUGGGGCGCCGGGUGGUCAAAAGUCCAACGCUGAACAACAUCAAAACCAAAUCCAAAAGGCCCGAGAUUGAAGAUAGAACUUCGGGCGGAUUGCCUCAGACCUCUCUGGCUACGGUUAUGGUGGAAAACCUGACCACAGAAAUGGAGGCGGCGUCUAAAUGGAGAAAAUUCAGCCAAGGACUUCAAAAACCUGGACAGGGUGCGAGCCUCCUGGGCAUGAUAUGAAUAUGCAGAACGGUCGGCGCCUACUGCGCUCCCUUUAGGAAAACCCUCCGUCCCCCAAUUGCGAGCUAAGAACCCCGGGCGUGCACCUUCCAAACCCCUGCGCCCCUCCAGAAUCCCCCGCACACAUUUGCAGGCUGCUGCGGUGGACUCUGGAGGGGCGCGGGGAACCACAUGAAACGAAACCAAAAGACAGAAAAACCAAGGGGAAACAGGUCGCGGAAGUCACUAAGCGGAUCUGCGCUCUCUUCUGGGACUAGGAGGCGGCGGCGGAUGGUGCUUGUUUUCGUGCGGUUCUUAGUUGACUUAGCGCCACCGUGUGACAUUUAUCCUUUAGAGUUUUUUUUUUCCGUAUAUUCCUCUUUCUUUAUGUACCCAACCCAACACUUUUAUUUUCCUUCUCCAGCAGCGGAGCAAAAAAAGCAAGAGCCGGGUGCGCGAGAGGGCUCUGAGACAGCGCGAGGCUGCAAAACAGAGCGGCGUGCUUGGUAUAUUAAUAUCUACUUACCAUGUGCUGCUCCUUUUAGGUGAAAUGUGUGGGUGGACUAGAAAUGAAUGUUGCGCCUUCCACGAGUUAUCGAUUCGAAAUAUUCACAAUUAUUUUUUUUGAAGUUUUUUUCUCUUCGAACUGAAAGCAGUCCCGAAAGUGUUUGUUGUUCUAAUAGAGACGUUUCUAGUAUCAAUCCUCUGUAUUGCAUAGGAUCGAUGAUUCUUGUAUUAAGGUAAAUGCGGAUCAUUUUGGUACAGGAUUUGGAUGCUUGAUGAGUCAUAAAUAUAAUUAGAGCUAUUGCAUUUGCUAUUCCCAACUACAAAACGAACACAGGAAAAGUACGAAAGUUCAUCAAGGGCUUGAGCAAUUGCGCUCUAUUUGCUUUAUUUGCGUCAGUCACUGCACUGGUGUUUGUCUACGGAUGAUGUCUUUUCUCCCGUUUGUAGCAGACCAGGUUGUUCUGAGCUGCUCCUUUUUUCCUUGAAGGAAGUGUAAAUUUGUUUUGCGGGUAGAAGUACUUAGCACGGGGAGCCUCGAUGGUCUGCCUCUAGAGAGGAGAAAAAACAACAUUCAUAUUAUCGUGGUCGCGUUGGUCUACCAGUGGAUGUGUGCGGAAGAUGAGGCUUCGCUUUCGGAGAUUGACGAGAAUCAGCCCCUGAAGGUUAAGAGGCAUCGCAAAUCUGGCCUCAUUUACUGAUUAAAGAUACAACUCAUGAUAAUGAUAUUACGCAAAAUGUAAAUAUGUAUAUGUCUGACCAUAUCUAAACCCGACUAUUCUAUUGCCACUUCUACGUACUGCGCUCGUGUCCGUGAUGUCCGUGUUAACUUUUUUAAUUGGUGCGUAUUUUUCGUCGACGAUCAUAUGUAGAAAAAAUGGUCAAAUUGUACUAUUAGUGCUCGGAGGAUCGGACUUUCUCGUGAAUUAGUACCACGCACUAAAGUGGGAAAGAGGAUCAUCAAGACGAAGGUAUCAGGCGGCAAGAGAGUAAGCGGCAAGAAAAUAAGCGACAAACAGGAACAGGACACGGCCUCCGAGAGGUUUGAGACGGCGAAGGGGGAGCUCGGUAAGAUUACGGCACAAAACGACUCGCCUCCACUGCUUCUUUUUCUCUGUCUAGGUUUCUGAGAAAAUCAUGAACUCAAGAAGUAAAAUGUUUUGGGCUCUAAUGAAAAAAAUGAGGUGCAAAAAAAGGUGUCGAAAAAUAGACUCAGCACGAUGAAGAAACAAGAAGACGAUGUUGAGCAGCCAAAGAAGAAAAUUAAGGAACAACUGCGUGGAACACAGAUGCAUCAUGCUGAUGAUAUCCACAUGAAUGCGUCAUCUUCAUCUCUGAAAGAGAAGAGAGUAUCAAUAUUAAGAGGAACAGCACGAUGUUAUUUCAUUUUCUCUUUCAGGAGAUGACCCGGACCCCUAAGAUAGAAGGUGACAAUGCUACCUAGAAGAUGCAUCUAAGAUAGAUGAUUUUCCAUUUUCUACAGGUCUAAGAAAAACUCAUCUAGCGCUCGAGGCUCACCGGACAAGGAUGCUGAGCAGCCGAAAAGGGGGAGUGGGGCUGGAGUGGAGAAACCGAGGAAGAAAAUUAUGGAACAAGUCUGCGGAAAACAGAUGCAUCAUGCGGAUGAUAUCCAAGUGAGCACGUCCUGUUUACAAGAAGUUUCUGUAUCGCGAUGAUCGUAGCUGGUGAAGUAGCCACAUGAUCAUCAGUGAGCAACUAUUGAGGCAGCUACAAAAGUAUAGUAGGUAGUAGGAGAUGCUGUAUUUUUGUGCCAGUACUAUUCCGGCGUUAGGUAGAUCAUGAAUGGCACCGCAGGCGUAACUUAAUCUACAGGUCAAUUGACUUAACCUCAGGAGCAGGUCAUCGAAGAAACGCGGACGCCUUUCAUAAUUCUCAUUUGCUAUUACACAAACUAACUCCCAAAAAAGAUCAGCGAUAUUAAAGAUACAAGCCGCCGGCCAUGUCGUUAGGCCGGCGAAACAGGCGCUAAGCCUUCAGCCACAAAACGGCGAAAGGGUGCACCUCUGGGAAGCUGUCGGCCUCGCAAAUAAAACGGAAAAAGUGUGCGCGUGUGUGGGUUUCGUUUAGCAGCACUCUCUGCGUGUGGGUGGCUGGGGCUGUAUGCGUGUGUGCCUGUGGCUGUGGCGUACGGUCGACGUCACCCUCUAGGGAGGCCACUUACGGGGAACCGCACGGGGGGUGGCCUCUUGUGGGGUCUACACUGGUCUCCUUGCAGCCACUGCCCCCCCGGUUGCCCUUGCAGGGAGACCAGUAAGGACCCAACUGGAGGCAGGGGCGGCACGGUUGGGAAGGCCUCACUGGGUGGAACACAACCCCCCGCGAGGUUUCCCGUAGGCCUCUAUAGAGGGCGGCAUCGACCUCCAGGGGCGGGGCCGUGGCUCGCUGUGGCUAUGGCUCGCUGUGGCUGUGGCUCGCUGUGGCUGUGGCUCGCUGUGGCUGUGGCUCGCUGUGGCUGUGGCUCGCUGUGGCUGUGGCUCGCUGUGGCUGUGGCUCACUGUGGUCGUGGCUCGUUGUGGCUGUGUGUCUGUGUUUGGUUUUGUGCGUGUGUGGCUGUGUGCGUGUGCGUGUGCAUGGCUGUGUGUGUGUGUCGUUGUGUGGAUGGGUGUGUGUGUGGCUCUGGUUCUUGGGGCUGGGGCUGUGUGUGUAGCUGGCCUUUUGAAAAAAAAGAAUGGCUUUGGAAAAAAGAUGGCCUUCGGAAAAGGAGUAAGAGUAAGAGAAUAGGUUUGGGAAAAAGUGGGCCUUUGAAAAAAAAGUCGGCUUUUGCAGAAAAAAAUGUCUUUGGAAAAUAAAGUUCGAAGGAAACAUCAAGUCCAGGUUAUUAAUAUAGAUUAGCACUGACCCUGCUUCAUUCCAUUAUCGAAUUUGAAUAUUUCUUGCUUCUAACAUGUAUCAGGACAAAGUUGACCCAAUGAAUUUUGAAAAACUGCUUCUAACACGUUAUACUAGAAGGACAAUAAAGGUGUAAAUUAUACAGCCUCUAAACCAGAGUCCGCAGGUGACCCGAAAGCGAGUCCGCGAGGCACGGGAGCACCGGCUACAAAGGGGCCAUCGAAGAAAACAUCUGCAAAGGAUGAAAAAGCCCCCCUACUAGUCGUACCGCCGGGGGUCGCAUCGGUUUCGCUACUUGACGGAACUGCCUUAAGGCCUUUCAUUGCAUAGAAAGCAGAUGAUGAAGUCCUCAGGGAUAUCUUAGGCACCCGCGCCUUGCGGAAUAGACACAAAUCAGCAAGAAAAUAGCUCACUUGCCUGAAAGUAAUUCACUUUCUUGCAAUUGAUGUUUCACACAUUUACUAAUCUGAGAUAUAAUCAUCUUCGUCUUUGGGGCUGUUUUCAUGAUCCAUUAUUUCCAUCUAUUUUCUGGGGUGAAUCAUGGGGCGGGAUGGAAGUGGCUUGAUGGGUUUAGACAAUGAAGGGACUUAUGAUGAAAACUUUCUAAGAUGACCAUCUCUCCGCGUGCAGUCUGUAGAGCCGAAACUAACAAUGGGCGCAGCGCUUCGGGCAGCACAGGAGACCCUCGAGAAAAUCGAAAAGUAG